AUGACCACUGAGUUCACGGGUUGGUUGUUGAUUGAAUUGAGCGCCGACGAUGAUGACGAGGAGAGCGAGCAGACGCCGAGAGCUGAGCCUUCGCUGUCGGAUGAACGUGCUUCUCAACGCACUGGUAGUACUGGUGCAUCGGGCGCAUCAUCUCCCACCAAGGCUUUGCGGGCGCUCAAGUAUCAGGACGCUGGGCUUGACCAUGUGAAGCUCGACGUCUCGGACGAGACACUUUCAGCGUCUCUGGUGGAACUGGCGAACGACAUGCAAGACUUUGGCAAUGGUGAAAGCGUUGUACCUGUGUAUCUUAUGGUUGGUCCCAUCGGUUCUGCUGGCAUAGCCUGGUAA